AUGGCGAGCAGACGGGCACCACUGGCUAAUGUGCCCAACGCUGUCAACUCGCCUUUCCGCAAUGUUGCUACCACCAAUGGCAAGCGCACACGAGCACAACUGGGAGAUGCUGUGCAAGGACAGCCACCUGCCAAGAAGCAGGCUAUAGAGCUACCGGGUGGCGAUGAGGAGAAUAGAGAUCCGGCCAGGCGAGCUGGAGUGUCACUGUCAGCCCAAGAGAAGCUCGAGGAGCCCUUCAUGAAGCGUAGCAAUGCUGUGCCAACCGCUUUUGAGAAGAAGCUGGCUGCUGCACGUGAGCGAAAGCCCACCAUUCAGCAAUCUGCACAGUCUAAGGAGCGAAUGCAGAAGGCUGCAGCUGGCGAUAAUCUGGAGUCUGUUCGACAAUGGCAGAGGCACUACCGGCGGCAGUUCCCGUCAUUCGUGCUGUAUUUUGAUGGCGUGUCAGACGAUAUACGCCAGAAGACCGUACGCCAGAUACAGUCCUUGGGAGCGCGAGAAGAGAAGUUCUUCUCGAAGCAAGUGACACACGUUAUCACGACGCGUUCAGUACCGUCCGAUCUUGCGUCUACGAGCCCGGACGAGGACCCAAAGUAUAACGCCAGUCAGCAAAAGACAGCACAGCCUACCCCGUCUGCCAACGACCAGCGAAGGACCACGUCUAUACUUGAUGCGCACUUGCAAAGACGGACACAGAGCACUACCAACGUCACCCAAGACAUUGACCCUCGCAAAGUUCAGACUCAUGGGGCCGACAUCUUGACUCGUGCCCGACAGCUCGGUAUCAAGAUAUGGGCACUAGAGAAGUUACAGCGUAUGCUCAAUACUAUACUGGAAACCGAUGCUGGAGGCGGAUUAGUCUCGCAUAGCACGCGGACUAAUACGUCAACCUCACGCACAUCCACAAAGACAGCCACCAACGCUGAUCUUGAGCAGCUGCUCCGUAACGAGAAGGUCAAUGGCCCCGCCGACCGUGACAUGACCGUCGCCGCUCAGGAUAUGUGUGUAUUCUCUGGCUUCUACCUCUAUGUCCACGACAUGGACGAGAAGACCAAGCCGGUCAUGGUGCGAGACUACCCAAAAGUUUCAGCCAAGGAGGAGGGCAAGUGGCCACAGUUCCGUCUGUCAGGUCCAGGCCGUUGUCCAUUCGUGGAAGAUCCAGCGCAUGCGAAAAGAGUGCAGCAGCAAAACGCUGCCAAGGCACAAGAUGAGCUCGCAUUCGCACAGCGCAAGACUCGUGCAGCUUCAGCCCAGGAAGCUGUCUCUGCACGAGCUGUGCCACCGACAAGAGCUUUGACAGAGCGUCAAGCCAACCUCAGACGCUCACCAAGAAAGCAGGAUAAUGCAACGGGCAUGUCUAAGCCUCUCGAUCCACCGAAAGGUGUACCAGGCAGCCGACAGUCCUCCAACGAAGGUAUGCCAGCUCUCUUCGGCAGUGCCCAGCAAAGUCUCCGUGGUCUACCGCGCAUGAUUGGUGGUGAGCCUGUCGCCUCGGGAGUUCAGCCCUCGAACGUCACGUCCGCCAUUCGAUCACAGUAUAUCUCCUCAGCAGCAAUCUCCUCGACCGCACCUGGUGCCAACUACCGCGUUGGUGACAGCAAAGAAGUCUCAGCACUAAAGCGGAAAGUGCUUGAGCGUGGUGCAAGUGUGACGUCGAACCAUAGCAUGCCGUCGUCACACAUGAACGACAUCCGCGCUGCUCUCAACCACGAUACCGAGCCGCCACCUCGCGCUGCGAAGAGGAAGGCGCAGGAGACUUUAGGUGUAGUUCCGGAGGACGACGAGACUGGCACGGCAACUAGACCAGCGAAGCAAAGGAAGGCUACUGCGCCUGCAAAGAAAAAGCCCGUGGAGAGAGAUCCGAAGCCAGGUUAUUGUGAGAACUGCCGCGAUAAGUUCGAGGACUUUGAUGAGCAUAUCGUCUCCCGCAAACAUCGCAAGUUCGCUCUCACGCAAGACAACUGGAAAGAGCUGGAUGUGUUGCUCUCACAGCUUAAGCGACCUCAUAAGCCCGCCACGCCUGCGUAG